AUGUACUGCUAUGUAUUGCAUCUUUAUAGUUGCCUUAUUAAUGGCCAAAAGGCAUUGGUAACUCUUAUAGGCAUUCAGAUUUUCUUUGACAUUCUCAUACCAGUUGAAGAGAUUUUAGAUGAAUGUGAAGAAGAGGAUUAUCAUAUAAAAAAAAAGUCAUAUUUACAAAUUUAUACGAAUGGUAUUGGAGAGAGAAAGAAAGACAUCCAAGCUAUCCAAGAAAUAAUUUCAAAACCGCUUUGGAUGAUUUAUAUUCAUUCCACCAAAAGGGAAGGGAGAUCUGAAGAAAAAGGAAUAUUUGGAAGACCAAUUAAGGUCAAAAUUACUUUAGAUGUAAAUGAUGAUUUUAUUUCUAGUUUUCUUAAAUUACCUGAUUGUAUGCUAAUUGACAUUCAGAUGUGUCUCAAAAAACGUUUUCACUAUUCUGAAGUCGAAAAGGAAGGCUCACUUAAAUUCUUUUUACAAAAAUGCAGUUUUGACAGUAAGGCUGAUAUGCCAUAUGAUAAAUAUGAAAAAUCUAUUCAGAGGCAAAAAAAGCCUCUCCUCAUCAAUCACGAAAAAUAUGCGUGA